AUGCGAUUUUGGUGGACGGGUUGGGAGCCUCGAGAGCGCUCUCUAUCUAGCGAUAGUGAGUGCUCUACGGGCAGCCAUUCUAGUCUCGCCAGCGAUGCGUCGUUCUAUGACGCAUCUUCUGUCGCAGAGACUGGUUUGGGUGGCGAACUAACCCCUCUCCCAAGUGACACGCAACUGCUCACUGGCAAAGAGGCGGGGCAGUCUGACUUAAGAAUGUUUCCAGACGGUUCUUCCACCGCCUAUCCACAGGCGGUGGGACGAAACUGUCUGGGAACGGUCGCCGUCGGACUAGGGCUGGGGGUACCAAAUUUUACCCUAGAUGUCACCACUGCGCCGCCCGGUAAUGGGCCCUGCGCGGGUGUACGCGCGACACCGCCUCGCGGCGGUGACGCGAAGCUAGGCACCGAAACUUCGGGCACGUGUUGUGAGCACGCAUCGCCCAGUGCCCGCGAUUUUCCGCGUGCGCAGAUGUCUCUGUCGCACGCAAGGCCCCCCGGUCUCCGGCCCCGAUUCUGGGUGCCAUCAUAG